GAAUCAUCAUGGGCUUAAGUUAAGGCUCCCCGUGAACUUCUGCUGAAUCGGUCUUUUGCCUUUGGUCUCGAGCGCACCUUUGCUUCCAUCAAUGGUGGCGCGGGCGCUGAUGAGGGCCAGUUGCGCCGCUGCCCAGCCACUGGCGCAAUUGCAGGCUGCUGCCAGCCAGCUAGUGGGGUUGUGCGACGGGCAGCGCCUGUUGGGGCUCAGCGUCCAUGGGGACUCAGGCACAAGCUGGCGUGCACUGUCCUCCCCAGCGUUCUCCGGUACCUGCCCCAGCGGGCCACCUGCUUUUAGCUUCGACAUUGACGGAGUGCUGAUACGCGGCAAACACGUGCUGCAAGAAACAUUGGAGGCCGUUAAGAAGCUCACCACAACGGAGGGCCGCUGGCGCUACCCAGUUGUGUUCAUGACCAAUGGCGGUGGCGUUUGCGAGGAGCGCAAGGCCGCGCAACUGUCGGGUUGGCUGGGUAUACGCGUGGCGCCGUCGCAGGUGAUUCUAUCGCACACGCCCAUGCGUGACCUGGUUCCACAGCUGGCGGAGGCGCCGGUGCUGGUGUCGGGCCGCGGGGACGUGCUGGCGGUGGCGCGGGGCUACGGCCUGGGCCGAGUGCUGCACACGCGGCAGUUGGGACGAGCAAUGCCCGCAGCCACACCCUUCUCCAGCUACCCCCCGCCAGCCUCAGCUGCACAGGGGGCAGCGGCUCCCGCGGCGGCCGCGUCUGUGCCCGAGUCCAACAUCACCGCCGCCGCGGCGGCCGCGCAGUUCGCGGAGCCCUGUCCGGUGCGGCACCUGGGUCUGGCCACAGAGGAGGCGCCCAUCCACACCGUGCUGGUCAUGGCCGACCCAGAUGACUGGUACCGAGACGCGCAGCUCAUAUGCGACGUGCUCAGCGGCGCGGGCGUGCCGGCUCGCUCGCCCGCGGCGGCGGCGGCGGCAGGCGCGGCGCCGGUGCGUCUGGUGUUCUCCAACCCGGACCUGCUGUGGGCCAAUGAGUUCCCCAAGAACCGCUUCGGCCAGGGCGCGUUCGCACACAUGGUGCUGUCCCUCUACUCGCGACUCACUUGCGGCGGCCGCCCGGCACACGUGACCUUCUACGGCAAGCCCAAUCCCCAGCCGUACAGGCUCGCGGAGCGGCUGCUGCUGGCUCAGGCGCAUGAGCUGGGGCUGGCACUGCCCGAGGUGCCGACCGGGACACUGCCCUUCAGUGGCAUCUACGCGGUGGGGGAUAACCCGGCCGCAGACGUGCGCGGAGCCAACCAGGCGGGCGCGCCCUGGGUGUCGGUGCUGGUGCGGACAGGCGUGUUCCAGGGCCCGGGCCCCAACUGCGACAUCGACACGGCGCGCAUCGCUGUGGACGACGUGGCGGCGGGCGUGGAGGCGGCGCUGCACCACACCCGCAGCCUCAGGUGGCACAGCAUGCGGUGACAGCAGCAGGAGUGGCGGCUGCGGCGGCUGUGGCGGCUGGCUGGCAUGGUAUGUUGAACUUGCGGAGUUGCGGUGGCAGGGCGGUUGGGACUUGGGCUUAGCGAGGGCGGCUUGCGCGGUCGGUGCGGAUGAGGGGCGUGUCAGGCUGGCGGCGGCAGUAGGCAUGACAGAGGUGCGGCGGGCUGCAGGACGCUUCGUCAUAGGCGCAGCUGCGUUUGGCAGAGAGUCGCGACAGAGGGUAGUCAUGGCAUGUGUCCGGGUGAGCGGCUGAGCGCAUGUGGAUUCGGGAGAAGCUCGUUGCUGUCGGCUGUUACGGCAGCCCAUGUUACUUUCGCUGCCUCGC